AUGGCAUCUAGUGCCCUUAAUAGGGGCCCUUGGAGGCCGUCAGUGGCUCCAGGGAGUGCUGUUGCAGCUCGAUUUGGUGGCCUCCUUGUGCAGCAGCCGCAGCAACAGCAGCAGCAGCAUCAGGACCAUGAACAGCACAUGAAGCAGCAGCAGCAAGACCAGCAGCAUCAUAAGGGAAAUGCUGCUGCUUCGCACCAUUCAGAUGCAACAGAAGAUGAAGGAGAUCCCCUCUCUUAUGCAGCAGAGGCAAAAAUAGAAGUAACAGCACAAUGCAGAAACAGAGACGAAAUCUUCCAGGCAUUUAAGGAUGCCGUAAGAAUGCGUCCUGUUUUGUCGCGAAAACAUCGCGAACUUCUCGCGAAUACAGUAAAGGCGAUGAUAUCCGACAGUCGGUCUUCUUACUACAUGAUAUCCGGAGCGCAUGCAGUGCUGAAGGCAGCAGGCCCUGCAUGGCGUAUGGCUCGUGAUAGAGGUGCUGCUGCUGCUGCAUGCCGUGCUGCUGCUGCUGCUGCUGCUGGAUUAACAUUAGCUGGAGAAUCUCCAGAAUCAGCAGCAGCAACAGCAGCAGAAACAGCAGUAACAAAAGGUGUAGGAGCAACAAGAAACUUAGUACCUCGUCUUAAGGUACGUCAGCAGCGGCAACGUAGUGCUGCUGCUGCUGCUGCUGCACUGCAGCGAGCUCAAGCAGCAGCAGAAGCAGCAGAUGACGAAACCUCCUCUGACGAAGACAGCGAUUCCCCUAAUAAUUCUCCUUCCCCUCCUCUUCCCCCAACCCCAACAAACAGUACGAACAACACCAACAGCAACAGCACCACUGACAGCAGCAGCAGCAGCAGCAGCAGCAGCAGCAGCAGUAGUAGUACUAUUAUAGCUCCUGAUUCAGCAGCAGCAGUAAGCCAAGGUGUACCAAUACCUCAGCAACUAUUAGAUACAUUAACAGCAGAAAUAAUAUUAUAUUAUUAUGAAUAUUUUAUAAAAAGAUUAAAUCUUUUCUUAAGACAAAUUAUUCAUGAAGUAAGAGAACUUGCUAAUAAAAUACAUAAUAUGGUUAAUCGUGCUCUACUACCAGCUGCAGAUAAUCUGGAGGCAAGAGUCUUUUACUUGCAACUCAACGCAGACGUCUAUCGUUAUGCAUCUCAGGUCUGUUAA